CACUAUCUCCUCAACCCGGGGGAAAAAGACGAGAAUAAACAACACAUUUCCCUUUUCUUUUCUGCCUUCUUUAGAUGACAAUGCAGCGCAUGUCAUUGUGAUUUUUACCCCCGCCUCUCCGCCAGACGACGCUCUCGACCUGCCGGUGAAAGUCUCCUGUUUCCGGCAACUUCGCUCUCUUUCUCCCUCUAAUUUUUUUCCCUCCCGCGGCCGAUACGCGCGGGCCGGCCAAUCAUCGCAAGGCCUUUCUCAGCUUUCACAGACAACCAGAGAGAACGCUGGCGACGACAGCUGCCAAUAUGUCGGGCUCGGCGUCUAGCGUCGAGGGUUCCAACAAUUUGCCAAUGCAGUCGCGGACCGGGCGGAGCAAACAACGGUACAACUCGCAAGGAGAACGACUUGUCGCCGGCGUCGUGCCACUCAGCGCAGACCGCAACUACGUCAUCCUAAUUCAGUCUACCCGGCGCAAGGGCUGGGUCCUGCCCAAGGGAGGAUGGGAGUCGGAUGAGUCGUGCCAGGAGUCUGCCGUGCGGGAGGCCUGGGAAGAGGCUGGCAUCACGCUCAGCAUUGACUACGACUUGGGCAAUUUCGAGGAGAAACGACCGCCAAAGACGUCCAAGGACCGCUCCCGCUACUACUUCUACCAGGGCACCGUUGUAGAGCAGCUGGACGACUGGCCGGAGAAGGACAAGCGCGAGCGCGAAUGGUUCACGUAUACAAAGGCAAUUGAGGUUCUCCAAAACAGGCCGGAGCUCCAAGAAGCCUUAAAUCGGUCUUCGAUGAACCGAACAUGAGCCAGGGCACUCUUUGUCAAUUUUUCUUUGCAAAGAAAUCGCCCCUUUUAUUUCUCCUUGUACAUUUAUAUCCCCUCUCCUGGCCUCUAGACGUGUCCCUGCAACAACCCACACCAUCACCAGCCAUGGAAGCAGACCAUACACAGCAAACAGCUCGGAACAGAAGGAGAUGGUCCAAGAGCGAAAGAGAAACGGAGAGGAAGAAGGCGGUGAUGAUGGAAGCUGCUUGCUUCUCUGGCUGAUGACGGUCGUCUAUGCGACUGCAAUGCCUACAUCACGGCCUUUUUUUUAACAUACAGAAACUGCUAACCAUUUAGGGUAGGAUGCCUUUGAAUUCGGCUCAGGCGUUGUCGGCAGG